AAUUAGCUUUAACAACCCCUGGCUGAAAACACUUCAGUCUGUGCUUCGCGCGCGCUAGUGACAGUAGCGUCGGCCAUAUUGUGGAAAAUAUUUUCCCGCGUUACGUUCGCGCCAUUAACAAAAUAUUAAUUUUAAUACUCUUUAAUUGAUCCUUUGGUAUAAAAUAUUAAUAAUAACCAUAAAGUGAAGUGUAAAAUCGUUAUUUAUAUAAUAUUAUACAGUUUACACAUUUCUGUUCACAUGACAAUGAUAGGAACAUCGAUUAUUAUGACAUCUAUAGGCUAAAUAGAUUAUGUUACUAAUUUAUGUAUAUUGCUAAUUAUCGGUCCUAAACUAACAUGAAAAUUCGUUUUAUAACUGUAUUAUUUUGUGGUACUCGUAAACUUUCUACAAAGUACUUCAUUUAAAAGCCCGCAUAAUGUGAAAAUGUUAUCAAAAACAAACUCGUGUUUACCAUUGUCGUUUAGUUUUUCGAAAAUCGUACGCGUCGUGUCGGUAAUUGUCGUUGAACUGAUAAAGUGAAAAGGUUGUAUAUCCAAUGUUGGUUGUCCGUGAAAAUGGUGGAUAUAAGCCAUGGCGUUGAAGAACCUGCAAUUGUUCCACCCUGGAAAGACGGAGAUGGUGUACCAGCAGCGCCAGGCCACCCCCAUGAGGGCGCCUCCCACGGCGCUCUCGAGGAAGAUGUCCAAAUCUGCUGAAACUCUCGCGGGCAGUACCAAAAGUAAAGAGCCAAAGACCCGCAAGGCUCGAAGCACGGAGCAGCCCGGAGGUGGCAUGGCGAAAGGCAGCAGCGUGCUCGGUCUACCUAACCUGACCAAGGGUUGGGGGAGAGACGACGACAGCAUACGAAGUCGCUCCAGGAAUGGCAGCGGCAGCAGCAGAGCAGGCAGUUUGGACCGCAGCACUCGAGGGUCUAGCACCACGCUCAAUUCUGACGAGGAUAACAUUAACGUCGUUGUCAGGGUUCGUCCAAUCAGCGAUAAGGAGCGAUCGUGUGGGGAGCGCUCGUUGCUCGAGUUCCCGGGGAAGGGCCAGGUGGUGGUGAACAACACCACGCCCAGCCAGAAGGCUAAGGUCUUCUCUUAUAAUGUUGUCUUCGAGCCUGAGGCUACGCAGGAAGACGUUCUAGAAUUUUCUGGUGUUAAGAGACUGUUAGAGAUGGCAGUGGAGGGGUUUUCCUGCACAGCCUUCUGCUACGGGCAGACCGGCAGCGGGAAAACACACACUUUGACUGGACCUCCGGGACUGGUGGAAAGUGGCGCGAGUCCAUUCGCUCCAGAGCAUGGGCUGGUGGUGCGAUCCUUCGUGUACCUGUUCCGGCUGAUCAACGAGAGGCCCGAGUCGCACUUCAUAUUGAAAGCUUCCUUCUUAGAAAUAUAUAAUGAAAAGGUAAUAGAUCUACUAAAUCCAGGCAGUGCCAGAAAACCCUUACAAGUAAGAUGGUCGAAGGAAAGCAGAAGUUUUUACGUAGAGAAUCUAUUUACCGUCGACUGUGAACAGUUGGACGACUUGUUCGCCGUGUUAGAGGAAGGUAUGCGUAACCGCGCAGUAGGCGCACACGCAAUGAACGCGCACUCGUCUCGCUCACACACCUUACUCUGUGUCCGCGUGAGACGAGAUGUUCGGGCGGAUGCCGGCGGCGUGGUCUGCUCCACGCACGGCAAGAUCAACUUUGUGGACCUCGCCGGCAGCGAGAUGACCAAGCGCACCCACAGCACCGGCAAGACCUUGGAGGAGGCCAACAAUAUCAACAGGAGUCUCAUGGUCUUGGGAUAUUGCAUAGCCCAACUUAGUGAUGGCAAAAAGAGAGGACACAUACCGUAUCGGGACAGCAAGCUCACCAAAUUGUUAGCCGACAGCCUAGCGGGGAACGGAGUCACGCUUAUGAUCGCCUGCAUAGCACCAACGAGAUCGAACUUGAGCGAAACUAUCAACACUCUUCGGUACGCAGCUCGCGCGAAGAAGAUCAAAACCAAACCUAUUGUCAAAAUGGAUGCUAGAGAUGCUCUAAUAUUAAGUUUGAAGAGAGAAGUGGAAGCGUUACAAGCGGAAAACCAGCAUCUGAGGACUGCGCUCCACGUGCAGACUGACUACAGCAUUGAUAGCUAUGGUAACCGCCGAACGCCAACGCAAAUCGAACCGAACAAACUGUACCAGCUCCCGCAACAAGAGUUAGUAGAACUGGUACAACUACACAUGGAGGAGAAUACCGCCCUCCGCACUGAGAACAGCGAACUGUUCAGCGUGAGGGACGCUCUACUGCGGGACCAGGAGCUACUCAGCAGGGAGAACGAGAGGCUGCUGAAGAAGUUAGAGGAUGUUAACUCUGUGUGUGUUCGCUCGCCGAUAAUCCCGGCGCGGCCAACAUACUCUGGCUCCAAUGACGCCAACAUUUGGACUAACCCAGCCAGUUCCUCCUCAAGUAUAGUCAGCGGGGGAAGCUAGAAGCUCUAAGUAGUUUGCAUGAGAAUUGGAAAUCUUUGGCAUGAAAAACCAUUCUAUU